AUGGCCGAACUUGAUCGUCUCCUGGAUCAAUGCGUCAUCUUCCGAGAAAAUCUACCGGAAAGAACUGAAGCGCUUCGUCUGCUUCUGGCUUCGACUAUUCCGGUUAUUGCCGACGACUAUACGGAAGAUUACAGGACAUGGGUUGAAAAAACAUCAUCUGCGGAACAUAUUGACUCAGACACUGCUGUUGAUAAGGGUGAAGGGCACGAUGAGGAUGAAGGGGAGUACGAGGAUGAGGGUGAGGACGAGAUCCAAGAUGAUGACGAUGAUAGCGAUGAAAAGGAAUGUGGAGAUGAUGAAAGAUACGACGAGAUAGAAGAUCAAAGUCAGAACAGGGUAAUUGCGGAUACAGGUGACCUAUUUGAUGCCGAGUCAACUUUCGCUUGGUCUUUGGACAGUAAAGAAGACCACUCCCAAGACCUUGCGACCGAUAUGUUACUGCGCUUUUGUUCUCUGCUGUCGCAGCUCCGCACAAGCAUGGCGAGGAUCAACAGUUAUCUCAGCAAGAUAAGGGCCGCAGAGUCGGACAUGUGUGAAUGUGGACGUGCGCCAGAGACGAUGGAGCAUUUCCUCUUCUGGUGUGCGAGAUGGGAGACGGAGCGUCAAAUGAUGCGACAGAUUGGGCAAAGCAUGAUGGGACGCCUUUCCUUCUUUCUAGGAGGAAAGGCAGCGUCGGAUGGACCAAAAUGGGCACCCAACCUAGAGGCGGUACGAGCGGCAGUUAGAUUUGCAAUGGCGACGGGAAGACUGAACUGA